AUGAAGUCCUUUAAUGAGAAGAAAGGUCAUAGUAUGACUCCAAAGUAUAAAUCAAAUAUGAAACGAAUAGAGAGAGAGAAACGUAUCUUCUUAAAAGAAUUUUCUUCAAAAUACGGAUAUAAUGGUAAAAUCGAUCAAAUCCGUGAAAAGGAAUAUCCACAAUUGAACACUUGUGUAUACCUUGAUCAUACGGGAUCAACCGUUUUUGCGAAAAGUACUGUAAAGAAUUUUAUGGAAGACUUAAUGAAUAAUCUUUAUGGUAAUCCCCAUUCGAAUUCACCUAGCUCACAAGCAAGUUCAAUGAGAAUCGCAGGAGUUCGAAAGAGAGUCCUUAAAUUCUUUGGUACGAAUGAGAAAGAUUAUUCAAUAAUUUUCACUCAAAAUGCCACUGCAUCCGCCAAAUUGGUCGGAGAAAUGUUCCCUUGGACGAAAAGGAGUUGUUACAAAUAUUUAAGAGAAUCUCAUAACAGUAUCAAUGGUUUGAGGAGAUUCCCCGAACAGAUUGACGCCGACUUUCAAUCUGUAUCGGAAGAUGAGGUGAAUUCCAUGAUUAAAAAUCGAAACUUUUUCGAAAAUUAUGAUAAGUAUGAUGAGAAAAAAGAAGAAGAAAAAGUGACAUAUAACCUUUUCGCGUAUCCGGCGCAAUGUAAUUUCUCUGGGAUGAAAUUUCCUUUGAACUGGAGUCAAAAACUCAGAGAAUUAAAUACGGAAACUUCAAAAACUCUGGUCUUGUUAGAUGCGGCAGCUUACGUUCCAACGUCUAAACUUUCUUUGGCUAAUAAAGACGCAUCGCCAGAUUUUGUCAUACUUAGUUUUUACAAGAUAUUCGGAUUCCCAACUGGAUUAGGAGCUUUGAUCGUAAAGAAUGAAUUGUCGCCAAUUUUAAAGAAGGGGUACUUUGGCGGUGGCACACUUAGGACGAUCAUUCAUAAUGUACCAUGGCAAACAUUUAGCAACGACAUGGUUGUACGCUACGAAGAUGGCACAGUAAAUUUCCAAAACAUCAUCGCAUUAGAUCAUGCAUUGGAUUCGAUGGAAAAAUUGUUUAAAGAUUAUAAAUAUAUAUCAAAUCAUGUGCAAUGCUUAAUAACAUUUCUUAGUCGAUCCAUGAGAUCGCUUCGUCAUUGGAAUGGAGAACCCGUUAUUUCGGUGAAUUCUGACAGAGAUUUUUCGGAUAAUAAACAACAAGGUGGUGUUUUCAGUUUUAACACAACGCGAUCAGAUGGUGAAGAGAUUGGGUAUCUCGAAGUUGAAAGGUUGGCAAGUUUGAAUAACAUUCACAUUAGAUCCGGUGGUCUUUGCAAUCCUGGUAGUAUAUCAAGAUGGAAUGGUAUCGACGUUGAAGAUGCCAUUCAACAUUUUGUGCACGGUAAAGUUUGUGGUGAUGAAAAUGAUAUAUUCAAUGGGAAAAAAUAUGGCGCGGUUCGUUUAUCCAUAGGCGCAAUGACGACUAUUGAAGAUGUUUUAAUAUGGUUGGACUUUUUUAGGAAGUACUAUGUUGAAAAGAAACCUAAAACCAAGAAAUUUCUCAUGUAG